AUGGCCGGUGCAAAGGCGAAGACGGCUCAUGUCAACAUGAUGACUGAUACAAUUAUCGCGAACCUCUCGCUUGAAGGUCUACGUGCGGUCAUGCGCGGGGUUCUAUCCUCGCAGCCAGCCGCGACACCGGCAUUUGAGGAGCAGACGAGAAACUACUUGAACGAGACCGCGUCACAAUUCCAGACUGUGUCGGUAACCGCGAAGCAAGAGGACGGGAUAUCAUACACGACACCCUCCCUCAAAGACCUCCGUCGGCGCAUCUGCUGCAUGGUCGGAUGCGGCAUGUGCUACGAGGCACUUCCAAUCCUCCGACAAAUCGUGCAACAGCUUUCCGGCAUCGCAUCCGAAGACGAUAGCCUUCAGAAUGAUACUGCUGCCGUUGACGGCGAUAUCGUUCAAGCACUCACGGCAAUCCAGAAGACACUCCUCUCACCCACGGGGUCACGAGAACUGUCCGCAGAGGAGGCAGAGCCCGUUACUCAACUCCACCAGGCGGUUCUGGCGUAUCAAGAGGAUUGCGUCGCUCGCAAGCAGCCAUUUGUGCUUGAAAGGGCUAGUGAUGCGCUGGCUUUGCUACUAAACCCUGGUCUGUCUGAGUCCGUCAUGGUUCCGCGGGCGGAGCUGGCUCCUGAGGUGAUCCCGGAGACAUUUACAUUGGACGGGCAGACACUGCCUCGUAUUUUCAACGGACUAUGGCAGCUCUCCAGUCCGGCCUGGGGCUCCGCAUCGCGGUCGAAGAUGAUGGAUCAGUUUUCGAGCUCUGUCCAGCGCGGGUUCACGGCAUUUGACAUGGCAGAUCACUAUGGCGAUGCGGAGAUUAUUUUCGGUCGGUAUCGUUCUUCGAGCGCAUACUCGAAUAAGAUGUUUGCGGCGACAAAGUACUGCAUCUUCCAUCCAAUGACCGUCACAGAAGAGGCUGUGCGCGCAAACGUGAGCGAGCGGUGUCGUCGGUUGAAUACGAAUGAGAUUGAUCUGUUGCAGUUUCAUUGGCAGUUUGUACGUACAAGUCUCCGUCAUCCAGGACCAGGACUAAUUAUGGGCAGUACAACGACGACCAAUAUAUCAAAGCGCUGCAAUAUCUCCAAGCAGAUACGCGCGUGA